UCAUACAAUCACACACGUAUAUAUAAAAUAAAUAUAUUUUAUUUGUUGAAAAGAAAAAAGAAAAAAAAAAAAGUGAAUGAAGCGCCACGAUUCCCAUUGAGAAACGACAUCGUUUAAUACGCGGGACGGAUGCUGCUUCUUCUACUGUGGCUUUGCUGCUUCAAAAACCCAACAGCUUUAAGCUUUUUCAAAUUUCAGCUUCGAAAAAAGAAAAGAAAACAUCGCAAGAAUCGCCAUAAAUCUCUCAUCUUCUUUAUCUCUGUCAAUUGCUACAAUUUCGUUUCUCUUCUGUAACUCCUAAAGAAACCCUAAUUUUAUUAUUAUUUUUCUUUUAACUUAAAUCGCUGUUAUUUAUAAAGUUUGAACCUUUUCUUAUUUUUCCACAACUGAUUGAAAACCCUAAUACACCCUUAAAUCUACAUUAUUACACAAAUAUAUCACCACUUUCCAUAAAAGCAAUUUUCCCUUUUCUGAGCUGAGUCAACUCAUUGACCGACUCACCGAGUAAAUUAAGUUGCGGUCUGCUUGUUGAGUAAGUAGUCGCUUUUGAAUUGCAAAGUCGAGAUUUGUUUUCAAAAUAUAUAUAUUUUUUUGGUAUUUAAUGAAGCUGAAAAGGAGGAUGUGAAUAAUGGAGGGAGAUAAAGGGUAUUGUGGAAUUGGGGAAAAUGGAAGCUCAAGUGACGGUAGGCCUCCAAACCCUCUCUCUGGAACAGCUUGUCGACAGUGUUUUAGCAUUGAUAAUAACAAUAAUCAUGUUCCUCUUUCCUGUAAGAAGACGCUGGUUCGCCACAAGUCUCUUGUGAAGACAAGGACGUCAGAUUUAUCUGUUGAACCUGAGCUUGGUGUAGGAAAUCAUGACACCGCUUUCCUUCCAGUUGUUCGUUCUGGAGCAUGUGCAGACAUUGGCUUUCGCCCAAGCAUGGAAGAUGUGUAUAUAUGUAUUGACAAUUUUGUGAGAGACUAUGGGCUCAAUAGCAUUGCUGAUGGACCUAAUGCCUUCUAUGGGGUGUUUGAUGGACAUGGAGGAAGACAUGCUGCUGACUUUACAUGUUACCAUUUGCCGAAAUUCAUUGUUGAGGAUGUGAACUUCCCAAGAGAGAUUGAGAGGGUUGUUGCUUCUGCAUUUCUGCAAACUGACACAGCUUUUGCAGAGGCUUGCUCUCUGGAUGCAGCCCUUACUUCUGGCACCACUGCACUGGCAGCUCUUGUUAUUGGGAGGUCAUUGGUGGUGGCAAAUGCGGGAGACUGCCGAGCUGUGCUUUGUCGCCGUGGCAAAGCAAUUGAAAUGUCAAGAGAUCACAAACCGGUUUGUAUCAAAGAGCGGAAGCGCAUUGAAGCAUCGGGGGGCCAUGUUUUUGAUGGGUAUCUCAAUGGUCUACUUAGUGUUGCUCGUGCUAUUGGAGAUUGGCACAUGGAAGGAAUGAAAGAUAAAGAUGGUGGCCCACUUAGUGCGGAACCAGAGCUUAUGACUACACAACUGACAGAGGAAGAUGAAUUUCUCAUUAUAGGUUGUGAUGGAAUGUGGGAUGUUUUCAGAAGCCAAAAUGCUGUGGAUUUUGCCAGGCGGAGGCUUCAGGAGCACAAUGAUCCAGUAAUGUGUAGCAAAGACCUGGUUAAUGAAGCUUUGAAAAGAAAGAGUGGGGAUAAUUUGGCCGUUGUUGUGGUUUGCUUCAAUUCUGAGCCUCCCCCCAAUUUGGUUGCCCCACGCUCAAGGGUGCAGAGAAGCUUCUCUGCUGAGGGUUUAAGGGAGUUGCAAAGCUUCUUGGAUAGCUUGGCUAAUUGAGAUGGUGACAAAUGCUUUUUCAUUUUCUCUUUUCUUUCAUUUUGUUCUCUUAUCUAAAAUUUUAGUUGUAGUUUCAGAUGAUGAGAGAAUUGAGUUCAACUGUAAAAUAUGCGGCAGCAAGUUGGUAGCAUAAUUUGUUGCUUAGAUAGAAGUUUAUUUAUCUUGUUUUAUCCUUUGUAUGAGCAGAUCAUUUAAGUGGAAUUUGUUCCAUGAUGAUGGUUAAAUGUACCGGGAAUAUAUGGAGCCCAUUGAGUUCAGGA